AGUCAACUUGCCACCACGCCACUGCCUUUGCUCCUUCCCUUCGUACAGACAUGUCCAAUUUACUCGCCAUUCCAUUCAAGAAAUCAUAUAACCUUGAUCUCAAGGAAACUGCGCGUCGUUAUCUACAGGAUCAUACCUCGGCCCACCCGGAUUCUUUCAAAGUCGAUAUCAAUCGUUGGCAAGAACUUCGAAGAGAUGGCGUCGGAGGAACAGUGCACAAGGAUGUCACGGAUAAGAUGAACAACUAUCAUGCUCAGCUCUCGUCGAUACUGACCAAAUUACCGUCCGAUAUUGGAUUGGAUAUAUCUUAUGCUCCCGCUUUCUCCCCUAAUGCAAUGCCGGUUACUCUGCGCAGUCUCGCCUUUGAACGCGCUGCUGUAUUGUUCAACCUAGCUGCUCUGUAUUCACAACUUGCUAGCAAUGAGGAUCGUUCACACAUGGAAGGAAUUAAGCGCGCCAUCUCUUGUUAUCAGAAUGCAGCAGGAACACUAUCCUGCUUAAGAUCUUCAGCUCUCGCAGAACUCAGUGUUUCUCCUCAAGACGAUGACAUUCCCUUCGAUCUCGAUAAAUCGUGCGUUCACAGCUUAGAAUGGCUCAUGCUCGCCCAAGCGCAGGAAUGUUUCUGGCAAAAGGCUAAAAUUGAUGGAUUCAAGAACGCUUUGAUUGCUAAACUAGCGGCUAAUACCUCUGCCCUUUAUAAACUAUCUAUCUCCGCUAUUCGAGAUGCAUCUCCUCCAGUAAAAUCAGCACUCCCUUCGGACUGGGUGGCCCACAUCGAAGCCAAACAACAUCAUUUCGAGGCAGUUGCACAGUUCAGGAAGAGCGUGGAAGAGCUGGAGAACAGUAGUUACGGCGUCGAAAUAUCCCGUCUCCAAGAAGCCCAAAAUGAGGCGAAGAAGGCCCAUGAUGUAGCUCGCCGCGGGAAAGUUUCGCAGGCUGUGAUACAAGAUAUACAGUCCCUUGUUGAUGUUGUGAAAACCGCCCUCGCGCGCGCUGAGCGCGACAAUGAUCUUAUAUAUCACCAGGAUAUACCAGCAGUGUCUGCGCUCCCUUCUAUACCCCACGCAGCCAUUGCACAAGUUACUAUACCCGCAGGAUUGUCGAAUCCAGCGAAAGGAACCCACAUGAUCUUCGGGGAACUGCUUGGUUGGGGCGCCCAGGAAGCCAUUAAUAUUUACAAUGACAGGAAAAAGAAUCUCUUGCAGGACCAGAUCGUGGAACCUACACGAGAACUGAAAGACAAAGCGGACGAGAUGUUGACAUCCCACAAUCUACCUGCUUCUAUAGAGGCACUUGAGCGUCCUGUCGGAUUGCCUCCAAGCCUCUUAAAGAAAGCCGAAGAAGUACGCCUCGAAAAUGGCCCGAUGAAGAUUGAAUCGUGGUUUGAAGACUUGCAGAGGCAGGCUCGACACGACUUUAAUAUCCUAGAAGAGGCGAUGGAUAUUUUGGAUACAGAAGCUUCCGAGGAUGAAGUUGCUCGCAAAGAACUCCCUCUGGAUCGGCCACCUUCAUACGAAGCCAACAUCGAGCUGAUUGAGAAGGAGAAGCGGUAUCGAGCCAUCCUUGAUCAAGCCAAGGCCAGUGACGACACUGUCAGACGCAAGUGGGACGAAUGGGAAAACAACAUCACAGAUUUGACGCUAGAUGAGUCGGAUCUAGAAGCUAUGGUACCUUCCUCCACGGCGUCUAGUAGGAAAACUCCAGAGUCAACCAUCACUUCAAGAUACGCUCGACAUCUUCGAGUAUUGCUUGAGUCGCUUGAUACGCUUCAUGCCGACCGAGACCAGUAUGUUCGACGCGCAGAAGCCCUAGCCGAAGCCGACGACAUAUAUCCGAGGAUAGUGAAGGCCGCUUCCGGAAUCGAACGUCUGACUAAGGUCCAACCGGCGACGUUCGAGGAUGUCCUGGACGAGGAGCUAGCAAAGUAUGAUAAAUUCUGCGAAUACAUCAAAGAAAGCGAGCAGAAACAGGAGGAUAUUCUUUCAUCUAUAGAGGCGGAUAACGAGAAAUUUAUAAAAUCCCGUAAGGACGAUCCAUCAGUGAAGGAGCGUGAACACGCCCUUCAGUCCUUGGAUCUAUCAUAUCACAAGUAUCGGGAGAUCACAAACAAUUUGCAAGAGGGGAUCAAAUUCUACAACGACUUGUCUGGGCUGCUUCUGCAGUUCAAGGACUCGUGCAAGAUUUGGUGUAAUCAUCGACAGGAAGAGAUCCAUGCUCUUUCACAGUCAUUAGGAUCUAUGUCUCUCCAAGAAAACGAUGACGCCGAAAAUCUUUCGGAAGAAGAUAUCAAUGACCAGCCAGAGGUAGUGGAAGAGCCACCUGCACCUAGUCUUCCCAAUCCUCCCAGCGAGCCUCCGCAGAGCGCUCAACCCAAGAAAGUAUUCGGAAAAAUCUCUUCAGGACUGCCACCUCUGAAUUCUAGCGAGUGGGGUUUCGAGGAGAUAAAGCUGCCUCCGGGGCCAAGCAAGAAGAAAUCGAAGAUGAAGGCGUAGUUGUAGUAUGUGAGCUUCAAUCCAUAUAUAUCCUUGUUGUA